GCCCAGGAAAGUGCCCGCCGCUGCCCCGGACACCAUGUAGUAGGGCCGGCCGCGGCGCCCAGGGAGCUGCGAUGGUUUUGUACACGACCCCCUUUCCCACCAGCUGUCUGUCCGCCCUGCACGCUGUGUCCUGGGCCCUCAUCUUCCCAUGCUACUGGCUGCUGGACCGCCUGGCUGCCUCCUUCCGGCCCACCACCUACGAGAAGCGCCAGCGGGCGGAUGACCCGUGCUGCCUGCAGCUGCUCUGCACCUUGCUCUUCACCCCCAUCUACCUGGCCCUCCUGGUAGCCUCGCUGCCCCUCGCCCUCGUCGGCUUCAUCUUCUGGUCGCCCCUGCAGUCUGUGCGCCGGCCCUACGUCUACUCGCGGCUGCAGGACAAGGGCGCGGCAGGCGGGGCGGCCCUGCUCAGCGAAUGGAAGGGCGUGGGGACUGGCAAGAGCUUCUGCUUCGCCACCGCCAACCUCUGCCUCCUCCCGGACGCGCUGGCAAGGCUCAACAACUUGUUUAACACCCAGGCCCGGGCCCGGGAGAUCGGGCAGAGGAUCCGCAACGGCGCUGCCCGGCCCCAGAUCAAAAUCUACAUCGAUUCGCCCACCAACACUUCCAUCAGCGCGGCCAGCUUUAGCAGCCUGGUGUCGCCACAGGGCGGCGAUGGCGGGGCCCGCGCCGUCCCCGGGAGCAUCAAGAGGACAUCCUCCGUGGAGUACAAGGGUGAUGGCGGGCGCCACGGUGGUGGUGACGAGGCCGCCAACGGUCCAGCCCCCAGCGACCCGGCUGAUGGCGGCAACCCCGAGGACGCCUGCAUCGUGCGCAUCGGUGGCGAGGAGGGUGGCCGACCGCCGGAGGCCGACGACCCUGCCGCUGGGAGCCAGGCCAGGAACGGGGCCGGCGGCGGCCCUAAGGGCCAGACCCCCAACCACAGUCAGCGGGACGGGGAUUCCGGGAGCCUGGGCAGCCCGUCGGCCUCCAGGGAGUCCCUGGUGAAGGCGCGGGCAGGGCCGGACUGCGGCGCCGAGCCGGGCGCUAACAGCAAGCUCCUGUACAAGGCCUCGGUGGUGAAGAAGGCUGCCACGCGCAGGAGGCGGCACCCGGACGAGGCCUUUGACCACGAGGUCUCGGCCUUCUUCCCUGCCAACCUGGACUUCCUAUGCCUGCAGGAGGUGUUUGACAAGCGGGCAGCCACCAAGUUGAAAGACCAGCUGCACGGCUACUUCGAGUACAUUCUGUACGACGUGGGGGUCUAUGGCUGCCACGGCUGCUGCAAGUUCAAGUUCCUCAACAGCGGCCUCUUCUUUGCCAGCCGCUACCCCGUCAUGGACGUGGCCUAUCACUGUUACCCCAACGGGCGCGGCUCUGACGCCCUGGCCUCUAAGGGUGCGCUGUUUCUCAAGGUGCAGGUGGGAAGCACACCUCAGGACCAAAGAAUUGUCGGGUACAUCGCCUGCACACACCUGCACGCCCUAGCAGAGGACAGCGCCAUCCGCUGUGAGCAGCUGGACCUGCUUCAGGACUGGCUGGCUGAUUUCCGAAAAUCUACCUCCUCGUCCAGCGCAGCCAACCCCGAGGAGCUGGUGGCGUUUGACGUUGUCUGCGGGGAUCUCAACUUCGACAACUGCUCCUCUGAUGACAAGCUGGAGCAGCAGCAUGCCCUGUUCACCCGCUACAAGGACCCCUGCCGCCUGGGGCCUGGGGAGGAGAAGCCAUGGGCCAUUGGUACUCUGCUGGAAAUAAACGGCCUCUAUGAUGAGGAUGUGUGCACGCCUGACAACCUGCAAAAGGUCCUGGAGAGUGAGGAAGGCCGCAGAGAGUACCUUGCCUUCCCCACCAGCAAGAGCCCAGGGGGCGGCCAAAAGGGGCGCAAGGACCUGCUGAAGGGAAAUGGCAGGCGCAUCGACUACAUGCUGCACGCUGAGGAUGGGCUGUGCCCCGACUGGAAGGCUGAGGUGGAAGAAUUCAGCUUCAUCACCCAGCUGUCGGGCCUGACCGACCACCUCCCAGUGGCCAUGCGGCUCAUGGUGUCUUCAGGAGAGGAGGAGGUCUAGACCAGCCACGUCGCCGAGGUCAGGAGCUGGGGGAUCACUGCCAGCUCACUGAGCCACAGCCCCUCCCUGGGCCCUGUCCCCCAAGGAGCUCUUGCCCGGAGCUGGG